GAGAGCGAGAGAGAGAGGGAGAGAGCAGCAUCCCGCGGGCAGAUGAUCCAGAGGAACUAACUUGCCUCCGCCGUUUGAGAGCUCCCCCUGCUGGACCGGAAGACAGCGUCUGUGGCUUCAGCCCUGCAGGUCAUGAGCAGUGUAAAGGGCCAGCUUGGACAGGAUGUGGAGAAACAGGGCAUCAAGCUGCCAAAGAAAUGGAACGAUCCCAACGACAAGAUCCCCACAGACCGGACCAUGGUGGUGGGAGGCCUGGCUGGAGGUGGAGAUUCCUCAGAUGGUCCAGGAGGUCAACUGAAGAAGCGCCGGCAGCGCUACGUGGAGAAGGACGGCAAGUGUAACGUUCACCAUGGCAACGUUCGGGAAACCUACCGCUACCUGACGGACAUCUUCACCACACUGGUGGACCUGAAGUGGCGCUUCAACCUGCUGGUGUUCACACUGGUCUACACCACCACGUGGGUUUUCUUCGGCUUCAUCUGGUGGUUGAUCGCUUAUGCCAGAGGUGACCUCGACCACACAGAUGAUGGAGACUGGACGCCAUGCGUCAACAACCUAAAUGGUUUCGUCUCGGCUUUCCUCUUCUCCAUUGAGACGGAGACGACCAUUGGCUACGGCUACCGCGUGAUCACGGAGAAGUGUCCGGAAGGUAUCAUUCUGCUUUUGGUGCAGGCCAUCCUGGGCUCCAUCGUCAAUGCCUUCAUGGUGGGCUGCAUGUUCGUGAAAAUCUCACAGCCCAAGAAACGUGCUGAGACGCUGAUGUUCUCGCAGAACGCCGUCAUUUCCAUGCGGGACAGCAAGCUUUGCCUGAUGUUCCGGGUAGGAGACUUGCGUAACUCGCACAUUGUGGAAGCGUCAAUACGAGCCAAGCUGAUCCGCUCCAAACAGACCAAAGAAGGAGAGUUCAUCCCCCUCAACCAGACGGACAUCAAUGUGGGCUUCGACACUGGAGACGACCGACUCUUCCUGGUGUCUCCGCUCAUCAUCUGCCAUGAGUUUAACGAAAGUAGCCCCUUCUGGGAGAUCUCUCAGGAGCAGCUGGCAAGAGAGGAGUUCGAGAUAGUGGUCAUUCUGGAGGGGAUGGUGGAGGCCACAGGGAUGACCUGUCAGGCUCGUAGUUCGUAUCUGGACUCAGAGGUUCUGUGGGGCGAGCGCUUUACACCGGUUCUCUCUCUGGAGGAGGGCUUUUAUGAGGUCGAUUACGACACGUUCCACCAAACGUACCCAACCCCCACCCCCACCUGCUCCGCCCGCGAGCUCGCCGAACUCGCCAAGAAAGGAGAGGCCAUCCCUCUGCCUCCACUUUCACCACCGGCCAGCGGCGGGGGCUCCACCAAUUCACCGGGGGAGGAGGGAGAGGGGGAGGAGGACGGAGAAGAAGAGAACGUUAGCAACGGGGACGUGAAAAAAAUGGACACUGACCAUCAGUAUGAAGACGAGCAAGCAAACUGACCACACGCCCUUCCGCUGGGUCAGGACGGACAGACGAAAUGAGGGAUUAAAGCGACAGUACAACUAAAAAUUACAUUUACACAACUUCAUCCCCUUCGUGGAAAAUGCAGUCAAUCGGUUUAGUGUCUGAAUUUUGUCUUUUCAUGUUGUGUUUGGUUUAACUGGAAAUGGGAGUUAUGGAAGUAGGAAUUUUCACAUGGCAAAUGGGAAUUGCACCAUUAUCAACCUCCGGUUGUUCGAGCUACAAAGUGGCAAAAAAAAAAGACUUUUUUAUGAAAGCAAGCGUUGCAACAAGCUAACCAGCUAAUGUCAGUGAUAUGUGCUGCAGCUUUAACAUUUAUAAUGUAUUGUAGCAUCAGUGCAGAGUAACACAAAACACCCACACCCUCAGAUGUGAUAACAAAUAACACACAACACAUUUCUACACUAACAAGCAACAACAAAUAACACCCAGCUGCCAUUCUCUCUCUCCGCCACC